AGCACUGUAUCCAAAGAGAGAUUUUUCCAUCGAAGAAUGUGAUGCGCAUGCACUUCCGCUACAAAUCACGUGACACGGUGACUUCCCCCCGUCUUCGACAAAUAAGACAAGAACAGACAUACACCUGUUAACCCUCCCAAUCAUUCUCGAAACCUCUCGGCUUCCAAAUCAUAAAAAUUCCCUUUUUAAGCUAAAAAAACCCGUACAUUUCGCCCAAUUUCAGUACUACUAUCUAGGGUUUUCCCCCCUUCCCAAUGGCAGAUCGAGAUGGAGAGAUGUACUUGAGCGACGGCAGCGAUAACGAUGUUGAAGAAGACAGCAGAGUUAGCGGCGAUGAAGACGAAGAUGCAGCGGAUCAUGAGAGCCUGCAGCGGUUUCAGUCUCGGCAAUGGCCGCAGAGUUACAUGGAAACCACUGAUUCAUACACUAUUGCUGCAUCACCAAGUUUUGGGUUCCUUGGACGUACACCAAGUCUUCGAUCAAGAUCUGGUCUUGAUGUCUGCAUGGAAAGUGGGCAAGAUCUAAACCUGAAAUCGCCUCUUCUUUUCGAUAGCAUAUUUGAGAAGCAAGAAUCUGGUAGAAACUUGCGGAAGCCUCAAACUUCACUAGCAAGUGGGUCAAUAUCUUUACAUUCACAAUAUACGGGAGAAGCGUAUAUCCCUCAUGGUUGUAGUGUCACUCAGACUGUUUUCAAUGGGAUCAAUGUAUUGGCAGGGGUUGGUCUUCUUUCAACACCUUUCACUGUUAAAGAGGCUGGCUGGUCAAGUUUGGUACUCUUGGUUCUUUUUGCAGCUACUUGUUGUUAUACAGGCGUGCUUAUGAGAUACUGUUUUGAGAGCAAAGAAGGUAUUUUGAGCUACCCUGAUAUCGGAGAAGCUGCAUUUGGAAGAUUUGGCCGCAUUUUCAUAUCUGUUGUAUUGUACACAGAAUUAUAUUCAUAUUGCGUGGAGUUUAUCAUAUUGGAAGGGGACAAUCUUACAAAGUUGUUUCCUGGAGCUGGUAUUGAUUUGGCUGGAACCCAUAUUGAUUCUUUGCACUUCUUCGGGAUCUUAACUGUUUUGAUUGUCUUGCCAACUGUCUGGUUACGAGAUUUGAGAGUCAUUUCGUAUCUUUCAGCUGGUGGUGUGCUUGCUACUUUCUUAGUUUUCCUAUCUGUUACUCUUGUUGGUAUGACAAAUGGAAUAGGUUUCAAUCAGACUGGGACAGUAGUGAAGUGGAAUGGUAUUCCCUUUACCAUAGGGGUAUGGGGUUUUUGUUACUCUGGGCAUUCGGUGUUUCCUAAUAUCUACCAAUCAAUGGCUGAUCGAACAAAAUUUAACAAAGCAUUGAUUAUAUGCUUUGCGUUGUGUACUGCAAUAUAUGGAGGUUUUGCAAUUAUUGGUUAUCGCAUGUUUGGUGAAAGUAUAUUGAAUCAAAUAACACUGAAUUUGCCAAAGCAUACCUUCCCCUCAAAACUUGCUUUAUGGACCACGGUAAUUAAUCCUUUCACCAAAUAUGCAUUACUAUUAAAUCCCAUAGCCCGGAGUUUAGAGGAGCUGCUGCCUAUGGGGACAUCUAAUACUCUCUGGUUGUCUAUCAUGUUAAGAACUGCUCUUGUCAUUUCAACUGUAUGCGUUGCUUUUCUUGUGCCAUUUUUUGGUCUAUUGAUGUCCUUGAUUGGUUCUCUCCUUAGUAUCCUUGUGGCAGUCAUUAUGCCAGCUCUCUGCUUCUUAAAGAUAGCAAGGAAAAAAGCUACGACCUUGCAGGUCAUUUUAUGCUGCGGCAUUUUUGGUUUAGGCAUCAUUAGUGCUGUGCUGGGAACUUACUCUUCGAUUUCAAAGAUUGCGAGCAACUAUUGAGGUGCAAGCUAAGCUAUAGAGUUUUGAGUAAUAUUUGCAUAACUGUGUUACUCUACCUUCGGUGUAAAUUGUUUCCUAUUUUCCUAGGUUUUAUGUGUUCUAUCAGCUAUACCAUCUUUUUAAUAAUAUAAAGUCGUGGUGAAGGCAAAUUUUUUGCCCUCAUUUUUGCUGA